UUUUUUCAGGUUUUAAGGAUGAACACAUUUGCAAGGAAAUUGUUGGUAGGAGGAAAUUGGAAGUCUCAUGGCUCUGUUAACUUUGUGAAGGAAUUCGCAAGAGAUACUCUUAACAAGAUUUCCUACAAUACUAGUAAACUUGAUUUAGUAGUAGCACCUGUGUCUAUCCAUUUGAGAGAUGCUCAAGAGCAUAUUAAAAAUGAUAUUCAAAUCUGUUCGCAGAACAUCAGUGCUUUUGAAGAUGGAGCCUACACUGGAGAGAUCAGUUCCACUCAGUUGGUAGACUUAGGAGUCAACUGGACCAUCCUUGGGCACUCUGAAAGAAGACAUAUAUUCGGAGAAUCUAAUUCUUUUGUUGCAUCAAAGAUCAAAAGAGCUCAUGACCAUGGACUUAAUGUUAUCGCUUGCAUUGGAGAAACUAUUGAUGAAAGAGAAGAUGGUGAGACUCUCAAAGCCUGCACAAGACAACUUAAAGCUAUUAGAGAGCAAGUCGAGGACUGGAACAAACUAGCUAUUGCUUACCAGCCAGUCUGGGCCAUUGGAACUGGAAAAACGGCAACUUCAGACCAAGCCCAAGAAGUUCAUGGACACCUCAGAGAGUGGAUCGCAGAACAUGUUAGCCAAGAUGCAGCCAGACUAACCAGAAUCAUCUAUGGUGGCUCUGUCAAUGGAGAAAAUGCUGGAGAACUGAUCAACAACCCAGACAUUGAUGGUCUCCUUGUUGAAAGACUUUCUAUUAAACCUGAAUUUGAAGCCAUAGUUAAGGCUUGCAAUGAAGCAUCCAAAUAUUAG